CGCGCGCGCGCACGCACGCACACAGAGCUUCUAGGCACCGUCCACCGCCAACGCCAUAUCCCCUGCGCAAGAACGGGGCGAGCGCGAUGUCGGCGCCGAUUACCGCAAACGCGAUGCUCCCCGCCGUAUUCAUCCGCUCCUCCUCCACCUCCACCUCCACCUCCACUUCUCUCCGUUUCUUCUCCCUCUCCCGAAUCCCCCGCUCCCGCUCCCUCUCCGUGCGGGCGUCCGCACAAAUAGAGGUCUGCGCCAAGGCCUCCUCCACCGUCCCCACCAGGCUCGGCGAUUGUCCUUUUACGCAGAGGGUUCUGUUGACUCUUGAAGAGAAGCAUCUGCCCUACGAUAUGAAGCUGGUGGAUUUUGCCAACAAACCGGAUUGGUUCUUGAAAAUCAGUCCCGAAGGUAAAGUUCCUGUCGUCAAACUCGAGGAGAAGUGGAUCGCCGACUCAGACGUAAUCGCCCAAGCAUUAGAGGAAAAGUAUCCCGAACCACCGCUGGCGACUCCGCCGGACAAGGCUUCAGUUGGUUCAAAAAUAUUCCCCAGUUUCAUCGGUUUUCUUAAAAGCAAGGACCCCAACGACGGAACGGAGCAGGCGUUGCUCAAUGAGUUGACGGCCUUUAAUGAUUAUCUAAAGGACAACGGUCCAUUUAUCAACGGUAACGUGAUUUCUGCUGCCGAUCUGUCUCUUGGACCUAAGCUCUAUCAUAUGGAGAUUGCUCUAGGUCAUUAUAAGAACUGGUCCGUUCCGGAGUCACUUCCAUAUGUAAAGAACUACAUGAAGUUAAUUUUUUCAUUGGACUCAUUUAUUAAAACUCGGGCUCUGCCAGAGGAUGUAAUUGCUGGAUGGCGUCCGAAAGUCAUGGGUUAAGUUACUAGUCACAGUUUUGAUCAGCCAAUAAUUAAGAACUGGUUCGAUGGAUUGGCAGCCAAGCUUUAAAGUGCCGUGGCACGGGAGUGUGCCGCUGUCUGCCUAGCGCGGUACGGCACCGGCAUGCUUUCGUGUCGACACAUGGUACGUUUGCGUGCCGAUGGAUACGUAUGACCUCCUACUGCCAUGCUUUGACACGGACUUAUUUUACUUUUUUUUAGUUCCAAUAAGCUCGUAUAAUAUUAUUUUGAAAGAUUUAAUCAAAUAAUUAUGAAUAUUUGCUAUGUAUU